AUGAUCAGGCCUUUUGAGGUGUCUACACCUGUUGAUGAUCCGAUGACAGCUAGACGAGUAUACAGGAACUGUAACAACAAUGGUCCGAUUUCAGUUUCUAGAAGAGCGAGUACUGGAAUGGAAAGUUUUACUCUUGAUCAGAAACCGAGCAUGCAGAUCAUUUACAUGAUGUGCUCAGAUGAAGGAACCUGGGUUGACACUCAGAAAAUAAAGGCUGUGAAGACUUUGCCUAAGCCCAUGAUACUGAUGGAGGUUCAUAGUUUUCUGGGGUUGGCAGGAUAUUACAAAAGAUUUGUAGAGAGCUUCUCCUCUAUUUCAGCGCCAUUGGCGAAAUUGACGUAG